AUCGUACAUCGUGAUUGUUUGAAUUUGUAGUGAAUGCAAUUAUAUAUUUCAAUUAACUGUAUCUUUGUGAGAUGUGGUGAAGUGAGUAGUUUAUAUUUUAUUAUUUGUAUAUGUAUACCGACAUAAACGUGGCGCUCAGCGAUUUAGCGUUCAGAAAUCUUAUUUUUUUAAAUAAACAUCUAGCGCAAAGAUAAAUGAUUGACAACGUAACGAACAGAUAAAUUCAAAGUACACUUUAGUUUAUCUUCAACAUCCACGCAGGUAACUAUUUUGGUCAUGACUGAAGACGCAAAGGCACCGUCACCAGAAGAGCAACCCUUGGAUGCGAAACCAAUGAGUAAAGAAGAAUUUGACAACAGGAACUUUUUCAAAAAACUAUGGGACAUAAAAUCAAACAUAACGGUGGAACCCAUACUGGCCGGUCUCAUUAUACCAUCAAUGUUAGCCAGGAUUGCGAUACAGAACUUAAAUUUGGAUAAAGCUUGCCGUGUUAAAUUAAACUACAAUGACAGUAUAUGCGAUGCUUUGAUCGAGAGGCAAGGGAACCUAACGUUCUACGAAGGUGAAGUGCAGAAAGUUAUAUCUUCUAUUGAAACAUGGAAAAGCGUUAUACAAACCGCAGUGCCAACUUUAUUUGUCAUAUUCAUGGGCGCUUGGAGUGACCGCACCGGGAACCGAAAGCUUUGCAUUCUUUUACCGAUUCUUGGAGAAUGUUUGGUGUGUAUAAGCAACAUCCUGAGUACGGUGUUCUUUUACGAAAUUUCCGUUGAAGUUACCAUGUUCCUAGAAGCUAUAUUCCCUGCUAUAACUGGUGGUUGGGUUUUGGUGUAUUUGGGUGUUUUUAGCUACAUAGGUGACAUCACUGACGAGAAAUCGAGGACGUUCCGUGUUGGUCUCGUCAACUUAUGUAUGACAGCUGGUAUUCCGAUUGGUACAGCUUUGAGUGGAAUAUUGUUGACGUUAUGGGGCUACUACGGGAUCUUCACGCUGUCUUUGCUCAUAUAUUUGAUAACCUUCACGUAUGGAUACGUUUGUUUGAAGGCGAAAACUAAACCCGGAAUAGAGAACGAGAAGGCGAAACCAGUUGCCCUAUCUGACUUAGUGUCUUUAGUAAGAGAGACAGUAAGCAUGGCUUUCAAAAAGAGGACCGGAAAUACAAGAAAGAAAAUAAUUCUCACCCUAAUCGUGGUCGCUAUUAUAUACGGACCGAGUCAUGGCGAGAGGAUAAUCACAUACAUGUUUGUGAGAUAUCGACUUAAAUGGGAUGCUUUGAAAUACAGUAUCUACUCCACUUACAGUAUUAUAACGCAUUCCCUAGGUGCGUUGUUUUCUAUCAGCGUGUUCAGUAAACACUGGGGUUUCCACGAUUCCAUGCUUUGCCUCAUAUCCAUAUCCAGCAAAUUAAUUGGCUCAGUCUACAUCGCUUUCGUCUAUACGGACUUACAAAUGUUUAUGGUGCCAAUAAUUGAGAUUCUGAAUGCAACUACUUUCACGUCACUCCGGUCAAUGGCAUCCAAGUUGGUCCGCGCGGAGGAAAUGGGAAAAAUGAACUCGCUUUUCAGUCUAGUGGAGACAUUGGCGGCUCUCGUAUUCGACCCCACGUACUCCGCAUUGUACGCUCGCACCAUACCCAUUUUCACUGGGGCAGUCUUCAUAUACAGCGCAAGCAUGACAUUACCUGCUAUCAGUAUUUUGACGUGGCUCUUCGUACAACACCGUCGAGAAACUAAACUUAGGCGGCGUGAGGUGAUAAAGGAAUAA